UUGCAUUGUUCAUAUAUCGAUAACAAUAAUGCUCAACGAAAACGCUUGUGCUUUGUUGCUCUCUCAUUAUGUUAUUCACAAUUGUUUUGUCGUUGCGGUCGGUUGUGCUAUUGCUCAUUGCUGUUCCCUUCGGUCUCGAGCGUGUGUAGUUCUUAAAUAAAAACCAAAAUUAAUAUGAAGUGCACGCGAUUGUAUUAAUCAUUUACAACACACACACACAUAUAUAUUAGGUAAAAUAAAGUAGUUGAGUUCCGAAGUUAGUCAAAACACGCACUAUGGCGUCGACUAUGGGAAUAACAAUAACAACACCAUUAGCCAACGGCACUGCUGCCGAAUCAGCAGAUUCCGCCAGCGCUGUCUACGUACAGCAACUGCAACAGGAGGAGGAACGGCAGACCGGUGAAUCAACUGAGAUAACGGCUGUGCCGCGUUAUGGAUUAAAGUUAAAAUUCGAUCAUAUUUGGCCAGAGAAACGUAAUCAGAAUUUACGGCCAUCGAUAAAACAAUCGCUACCAAUGGUGUCGCUGGCAUGCAGAUAUGCAGCCUAUUACUGGAAGGUCUCUCGUGAAGGUCGACGCGUGUACAUGGACUAUUAUUAUAUGGAGAAUGGUAAGCAGAUAUAUGGAGUGCCCAUUGGGGGCAUUGGUGGUGGCAGCAUUGGACGAGGCUAUGCUGGUGAAUUCUGCCGCUUUCAGAUGCGUCCCGGCAUCUAUGAAUACAAUGUGGUCCAGGCUAAUCAGUUUAUAGUCACUAUAAAGGAUCACAAAGGUUGCACCAUCUUUCAGAGUUUACUCUCGCAGUGCAGCACCAAGUCAUUCAAAGCCAAUACCAACAACAACGGUGCCGAGGCCGAUGAGGUCGAAGCUCAAAAAUCUAAAUGUCAACUGCCCAAUUGCAGCAGCCGAUCCAGACAGCCGUUGAAUGCAUGGCAUUCGAAUAUCGAGGAAUCCAGAUGCACCUAUACGGGUCUAUACCCACGUGCUUGGACCGAAUACGAUCUAUCACAUUACGGUAUUCGCUUGGUGUGUCGCCAGGUGUCGCCAGUGAUCCCCCACGACUACAAGGAGUCGAGUCUGCCCUGCGCCGUGUUCGUCUGGUCGGCGGAGAACGUGUGUGAGCAGGAGCGGAAGGUAUCUAUAACGUUUACGUUCAAGAAUGGCACAGGUAACAAGAAACAGGAUGCGGAGGGUAACGCAGAGUCGGAACUUAUCAGCGAGGGCAAUGCCAAAGGUGUCAGCAUCAAGCAGAAAAUAAACGAGAUGCCCUGUAGCUACAAUCUUGCCUGUCGCGUCUUGCCCGAAAUCAGCAUAACGCGUUGUCCUCAGUUCGAUCCGGCUGGUAAUGGUGAACAGCUGUGGGCACAGCUCAAGGAACAUGGGCAAUUGAACGAGCAGCCCACCCCGGAGACACUAAAGACCAAGGACAUUGGUGUGGCUCUCUGUGCUCAACUGGCGCUGAGGCCUCAGUCCUCGCAUGAGCUGGAAUUUGUGCUCGCCUGGGACAUGCCCAAGAUCCAAUUUCCACGCAAGCUGCAAACGCACACACGCUACUAUACCAAGUACUUCGAUGACAGCGGCGAAUCUGGCCCAAGGAUAUGCGACUACGCAUUAAAGCACUAUGCCAGCUGGGAGCGGCUCAUCGAUGCCUGGCAGCGACCUAUACUAAACGAUGAAGGCCUGCCCGACUGGUAUAAAUGUGCCAUAUUCAAUCAGUUGUAUUUUAUCUCGGAUGGUGGCACCUUGUGGCUUAAAUGCGAUUCUUCGCUGGGAAAGGAGCUGGCUUAUGAUGAUCCACGCUUGGCGUAUGGUCGCUUUGGCUAUUUAGAAGGUCAUGAAUACCGUAUGUAUAACACGUAUGAUGUGCACUUCUAUGCUUCACCAGCAUUAGCCCAUCUUUGGCCCAAUCUGCAAGUAAGUUUGCAGUACGAUUUUAAAGAUGCCAUUGCCGCUGAGCUUAAUGAUACACGCAAAAUGCUUUACGAUGGCAAAGUUAUGCCGCGCAAGGUCAGGAACUGUGUGCCACAUGAUCUGGGCGAUCCUGAUGAAGAACCCUUUACCCUUAUCAAUUGCUAUAACAUACAUGAUGUGAACGAUUGGAAGGAUCUCAAUACAAAGUUUGUGCUGCAGGUCUAUAGGGACUACUAUGUGCUCAAUGAACUGGCCCAAGCACAGGCGGACAAUGCCAGCAAAUUCAGUUCCAUUGAGUUUAUCGAUAAGGAGAGUCUCUAUGAGCUGUACUCCCAGGAUAAUAAGCUCAAGAACUCGGCUGAUGAAAAGCAGCAGAAUCGCAAAUCUGCUUCCAUGUACAUCAAUGAGACGAAUGGCAAGGUAUACCUGAUGGAUGCGAUGGGCUAUUUAAAGUCUAUGUAUGGCGCAUGUAAAGCCAUAAUGGAGCGAACCAUUGAAUAUGACAAGGAUAACGAUGGACUUAUUGAGAACACCAAAAUGCCAGAUCAGACCUACGACUGUUGGGUAAUGGAUGGCCCCAGUGCCUACUGCUCUGGCCUCUGGCUUGCCGCUCUGCAAUCAAUGUCAGUGAUGGCCACACUUUUGGAUCAACCCAAUGAUUUCCUGCGCUACCAGGGUAUCUUGGAAAAAGGCAAGCUCUCCUUAGAGGAAAAGCUCUGGAAUGGUAGCUAUUAUCGCUUUGAUUUAUCCCAUAAUCACCGCGAUACUAUUAUGGCUGACCAGUUGUGUGGACAUUGGUAUUUGAAGUCCUGUGGCUUUGACUAUGAGAUUUAUCCCAAGGAGAACGUGCGCACGGCUCUGAAGCGAAUAUACGACAACAAUGUGAUGGGUUUUCAUGAGGGAAAUAUAGGAGCCGCUAAUGGAUUCAUAGCGAACUCCAGUGAGCCUUCUAAGCCGGGUCAUGUGGACAAUAGCAACAUACAGGCAGAAGAGGUGUGGCCAGGCGUAGUAUACGCAUUGGCUGCUACCAUGAUACAGGAGGGUAUGUUCGAGGAGGCUUUUCAGACGGCGGGCGGCAUGUACAAGACCAUUUCCCAGCGCAUUGGAAUGAACUACGAGACUCCAGAAGCGCUAUAUGGCGAGAAACGAUACCGCUCUAUUGGCUAUAUGCGACCACUGAGUAUUUGGUCAAUGCAGGUCGCCUGGGAACGUCGCAAGGCCUUACGUGACUAAUUCCAUUUUACCUCUAUUUAUACCUAAGUACCGCUAUACCAAAGAUGUUUCUAAACUGUCACAAAGAGGUUCUUAGCUUUUGGUUCUUGAGAUCGCAAUGUUUCGAGCUUAUGGCGGUUCUGAGAACCAUUCCAAACCAUAAAAUUGUAUUCAAAUGUUUACAGAAUAGCUUUAUAUAUAUGUAUUUUCUAAUCUAAGUUUUCUGGUUGCUUGUUUUCAAUGUCUUCUUCUAGCUACUAUGCAGGUCCAUAUAUUCAUUUGGCAGUUACAAAUCACAAAUUAGUACAAUUAUUGAAUGGUAUUCAUAAAUGUGUGAAGCACAAAACCUAUCUAAGUGUUAGCUAAUCAAGAUCUUAACAAUGGAACACGCAUUACAAUGCCUAAUUAAUUAUAUAGUAUAUGUAUUGUCUUUAAAAAAAAUUCCAAAUAUUAGCAGUGUUCAAAUGUCUGUCAAUAUAUAUGUAUUUGUGGAAAAUCUA